CACGAUUGUGUCCGUACUACCAGUCUGCUUCUUAGCGGAAAAUGCGGCUUCUUGCUGGAUUACUUGCCACAGUUCUUUUGCUGUUGGCACACAAAACAACUGCGGAUAUUCCCGACUGCGACUUCUACGACACCGUAGACAUCUCAAGUGGUCAAAAGUUUCCGAACGGUUCAUACCUACACGAUGGUCUACUCAUUCCCGCCAAUUUGGUGGGUGAAUAUAGCUUCAGGACUUUGCCUGAUGGCUCGAAGGAGGCAGUGUCGAGCCACGUGAGAGGAUGUGUCUGCAAACUGAAGCCCUGCAUCAGAUUUUGCUGCUCUCACUAUCACAAAAUAGAUGACAGCGUGUGCAAAGAGGAAAUGUCGCAGCUCGAAAAGGACAAACACGAUCCCUACGUGAACGUGACCCUCAGCAACGGAACGGUGGCCAGGAAGCACUUCAAGAAGGAUCUGAUAGUGCAAUCGGAUCUGCCCAUGCCCUGUGGGGAGGAGAAGAUGCACUGGAUUGAUCAUACUCUGCCUGGCAACGGCUUCACACUAUUCGAGAAUGGAACCUUUUUCCGGCAAUGGGACGAGGCUUUCUUGGACAAACGGGAAUAUUGCGUGCAGCACUUUGACUUCGAAGCUAAUGGUAUUCGGAUGGCUCCCCACUUUUGUCAUCUUGACUCUGAAGCCUCGCCAUUGGCACAGAGCAUCGUGAUGGUAAUAUCGUUGAUAUGUAUGGUUCUUACCAUCAGUGUUUACCUCUACGUCAAGAAGCUACAGAAUUUGCAUGGCAAGUGCUUCAUGUGCUACAUGGUCGCCCUUUUCAUGGGUUACCUAUUUCUGCUGCUCAACUUGUGGAACGUGUGGGAAUUACCGUCGAUCCCCUGCACUACAUCAGGAAUCCUGGGAUACUUCUCCGUCAUGGCCGCGUUCUUUUGGCUUUCCGUCAUCAGUCUGCACCUCUGGAAUACGUUUAGCGGGACCUCCCAUUCUUUGAACCGCUACCUGCCAGAGCAUCGGUUUCUGGCCUACAACGGUUACGCUUGGGGCAUGGCUCUAGCCAUGACAUGUUUCACCAUCCUAGCUGAUCAAGUCAUUGAGGAGGACUGGGCACCUCGUAUGGGCACCAACCAAUGUUGGAUCUACACUGGAGAUAAUGCUGCCUUGAUAUACUUCUUUGGACCGAUGAUACUGCUGAUAGCAUUCAACAUAACCAUGUUUAUCCUGACGGCUAUUCGCAUAAUGAAAGUAAAGAAGGAGGUCAGGAACUUUGCCCAACAGGAACGAAGGAACAAUAAGCUCAGCUCGGAUAUGCGAACUUACACGUUCUUCUUGCGGCUCUUCAUCAUCAUGGGUUUGACCUGGAGCUUGGAGAUAGUAUCCUUCCUUGUGCGGAAAAACGAGUUCUGGGGUAGCGUUUUCCAGGUGGCUGACUACCUAAAUUGGUCCCAGGGCACCAUUAUAUUCGUACUUUUUAUUUUGAAGCCCAGCACUCUGAAACUCUUAAAGGAGCGAAUUAAGGGUGAGAACAAUGAAGACCCUGACAGCGAAGAACAGAUCUCGCUUGAGAAUACGAAAUUUGACCCAAGUGUUCUGUAAUAGACGCCAUCCAAAACAAAUGUGGACUGCCAUAACUACAAGAUCGAAGGAAGUUGGAAGUACGACUUGCGGAAGUGAGGGUGUGUAUUAUAACAGAGCGUAGAACUAGUUGGAAGUUAUGGAUGGGUCUCCAUCUACCUAACCUACGACUGGGAUAUUCUCUAAGUUACAAGGACAACUCAUCGGCGCAGCACUCACACUCACUACCAGUUUUAAUUACCUCACAUUGUACUCAGGAGCUAAACUACUUAUUCCUAUUACUAACUAAAUUAUAAUUUGUAAAAUCUUAAUAUAUAAAUUAAGCUACUAUUGUCGAAUUUUUUGAACGCGUGA